AUGCGGGUUUAUGAGGGGCGGGCUAGCCCGAAUAACCAGCUAUCCAAUAGCCUGUUUCACCAACUCACAUCCAUGUCCAAAGUCCAAACGAACUCACUCAGUCAACGAUCGUCAACUUUUCAUCUCUCCCAAAUUUCCCACUUCUCAAUUUCACCUUAAUCACUCAACCCUACUCUCUUCUUCUUGCUUAAUCAAUGGCUUUCGAUUUGUUCUUUUGGCUUCUCAUUUGUUUCCCUUUCAAUAUUGCUUUUUUGGCCUCAGCUUUCUACCAGGUUUUAUUGUUGUCUGACUUAGAAUCUGACUAUGUAAACCCAUAUGAUGCUUCAUCAAAAAUCAAUUACUUUGUGGUUCCUGAGUUUAUUGGUCAAGGGUUAUUGUGUGCUCUUUUUCUCUUCACUGGUCAUUGGUUCAUGUUUCUUUUGAUGCUUCCUCUUGCUUGCUAUCAUGUCAGGCUGUAUGUUAAGCGGCAGCACCUCCUUGAUGUUACUGAAGUGUUUAGGGUACUCAAUGCUGAGAAGACAUUUCGGAUAGCCAAACUUGCUUUUUACCUAACAAUGAUUAUUAUAAAUAUCUUCAGGCUUGUAUUAAUCGUCGUCUUCUAUUUCGAUAUGGAUGAUGAAUGACACGGAGAACCUUUGAAUACCUGCCACAUGUGCAGUAUGACAACCUAUGUUGUAAAGAACUAAUCUUUCAUAUCUAGCGCGACCAUAGAAGCGUACCUGUUUCAAGUUAAAUGGUGUGAGCUCUGCGUGUUGUUUUGGUUGCAAGGCGAGUUCUAGAAUUUGUGUGAGGAGUUUUAAGUGUCGCGGAAUAGGGAUUCAUCUUCAUGAUCAUGCAGUUCCUGAAGAAACUUAUUGGCACUUAAGCUAUUACAUGUUUAUUUGGAUUUUAUUUUUAAUCCACGAUGUUUAUCUGGACUUAUUGAUUAAACAACGUACUAGAUUGGUUGUAUUAAAGGAUAGAAACAAAUUAUGGCCAAAACAAGAACAAGAGCCUUUAUCGUUUUUUUGGUUUACAAUGAGAAUCGAACUAAGAACCUUAGGUA